GUGUUGAAGAAUGAACAAAAAUCUGGAAAGGUCAAUCCAAGAAAAGGUCAAACAAGUGAAAAACUCCGGAUCCAAAUAGAAAAUUUGACAGAAUGUAUUAAAACCACCAAGUUAUCAAAACAAGAUAAAGAGGACAACAAGACAAUUGUGUUAGGCACAUCAAAAAUCCAUUACCUAGACCCAUGGAUCUCUGUUGCGUGGUGCAAAAAAUAUGAUGUGCCAAUCACUAGAAUUUUCAACAAGACUCUCCAUGAAAA